AUGGUAAAUAAAGAUGAAUGUCUCAUGGAAGCGGUUCAACCCCAGACAAUGUGGAUAAUUCCUAUGGGCUAUGAGGUUGAUGCAGGGACUUUGGAUACCUAUGCACAACACCUGCUUAAUGCUCUAGCGGAUUCUAAAGAAGAAAAGUUUGAAACUUGCAAAGAAAAAUCAAUGGAACUGCACACCAAGUUCAUCGAACUGGCUAGGAAAAGAAAAGUUGCUAAGAUAAGGAAGAAGCAGAAACCCCAAAGGAAGUAUGUGGCAGUUUCUCUAGUGGCAUCUGAAACAAAGUUAGAUACAGAUAUUCCAAAGGCCCCAAAGAAAGGAGAGUUUGCAAGAAUAAUCCAAAAACCUCAAUAUGAUGUUGAGAAGAAAGGGUUGAAGGAGAAGAAGGCAAAGUUUGAUCUUGUACCGACGAGCAAGCCUAAGCGAGGAAAGAAGAUAAAAUCUUACUUGGAUGAGGCAAUAGAAUUCGAUGAAGCCACUCAGUUAGAGAAUCCUUCGGUAAAUGAUGUAAAUAAGGAGGAGGACACUCAUAAUGUUGUAGAGAAACAAAUUUUGGAUUCUGUAGAGGUUGAGCUUGUUAAAGAGAAUGAUAAAUCUGUUGAGAUAGAGGUUGGUGCACCAAGUGAUGACAACGGUGCACAUGAGGCACUCAAAGGAGACAAAUCCGGACAGGUUGAGGCUAAGAAAAAGGAAGAAGAAAAAUUGGAGGAAUCAGAUAAAGGGAAGGGUAAGAUGUCUCUGGCAGAAAGGAUGAUUAUUGUUGUUUCUCUCCAAGUGCAAGCCAGUCAAGAGUUAGCACAAUAUGAAUUAGAAGAGAAGAGACUCAUUGAGAACAUAGUUUCAGUUUUGGAACAAGUGGUACCAGAACUACAACUUGAUGCUAAUGCCAGUUCAUCUGAUAAGCUUUAG